AUGGGGCUGCAUGGGGUGCAGUGGUGUGGGCCAUUCCCAACCGUGUCCCCUCUGCUCCCUGCCCGCACAGAGCUGCUGGAGGACCUGUCAGAGAGCCGGGAGUGUGUGAACUGCGGCUCCAUCCAGACCCCGUUGUGGAGGAGGGACGGCACCGGCAACUACCUGUGCAACGCGUGCGGGCUCUACACCAAAAUGAACGGCCUCAGCCGGCCCCUCAUCAAGCCCCAGAAGAGAGUGCCCUCGUCGCGGCGGCUCGGCUUGUCCUGCUGCCACACGACCACCACGACGCUGUGGCGCAGGAACGCCGAGGGCGAGCCCGUCUGCAACGCCUGCGGCCUCUACAUGAAGCUGCACGGGGUCCCUCGACCCCUUGCUAUGAAAAAAGAAGGAAUUCAGACCAGGAAGCGAAAACCUAAGAACAUAAAUAAGUCAAAGGCAUGCUCUGGUAACAGUACUACUGCAGUUCCUAUGACUCCAACAUCCACAUCUUCUACUAACUCAGACGACUGUAGCAAAAACGCUUCCCCAAGCACACAGACUGCAGCCUCAGGGGCAAGCUCUUCAGUGAUGUCCGGCCCGGCAGAGAGCACCAGUCCCGAAAGCAGCAACCUCAAGUAUUCGGGUCAGGACGGGCUGUACACAGGAGUCAGCCUGACCUCCACGGCCGAAGUCACGGCGUCCGUGAGACAGGAUCCCUGGUGCGCCCUGGCCUUGGCGUGACGCGGCGCGGACGAAG